CAGGGCGUACGAACAACAGACGAAGGACGAAAGCAACACAGGACAGGCAAUUCGUUGCUCGUACGUGCUGUUGUAAAACAUACGUGAUCAUCGCAAACACAUCAGUUGGCGUGUAGUCUUUCUCAAGUGUAUUUCUGCGUGGACCACUUUCCGGCACCCACCUACCGAGCUUCACGAUGAACGUCUGAAAGCCAUCGGCAUACGGGUGCCUACUUGGUCGUGGCACUUGAUAGUUGGUGGCGGAUUUUCAUACGGAGGUAAAACACCAUUGUGAAGAUUUACGAGUCGGUUGGAGGCGCCUUUAUUCUCUCUAAGAGCGACAAGAAACGACAACUACAUUCCCUUAUUUCACCGAACUCUUUUUGUGGACACCAAGCCCUUGUUCUUAACGGACGAGCAGAUCUGUCUACCAUCGCAGCCUGCAAAGGCUAGCAGCUAUGUUACCUUCACCUGCGAAGGGGCGCAGGCGAGGACCGAAGCCAUCAGUUGCGAGUUUCGUGUUCGCGACUGUUGUCGCGCUGCUUCCCCUUUUAACGCAAGGGGCUAGAGCAGAGACUGAGCUGCCGACGGAGGUAUACAAUGACCAGGAUUUGGCAGGCAUGCUCUCGAUAGGUACAACCACCGACAAGCCUAACGAAGGAAUUGAAUACGCGGGACUGCUGCGAGACAUGGUUGACUGCAGCAUCUACAAGUUACCGCGGUCACUGCUGAGAAAGAUGAUGCAAGCCGACAUCCAACCAGAGUGCAGCUUGGCUCUGCUCCGGAGCUACAGAGCCAUCCUAAACUUCGAGCCGUGGGCUCUGAGACUGUUCGACGCGUCGGGGAAGUUCCCCACGGGGAUGUUCCAGGGUACGCACAUGGACGCCGGCGCCUUCGACCAGUGUCUGGAGACGGUGAUCCGCCGUGAGAACGGCGACGUGGUCUCGCGGGGACAGUACUGCAAUCUGCUAGCUUACUCCGACAACGCCACUGCCCUGAAAGACACCAUCGAGUCCUUCUCAAGCAACCUGCACCCGAGGAUUCUCUUCUACAAGGAUUACUUUUCGGCCGAAGACGCGCCUAUCCUUCGCCUGGGAAUUUGCUUCACUGACGAAUGCAGCCGCGACGAUUUGCAAGCGUUGGUGAACGUAGUGAAGCCACCGUUACUGCGCCUUGAGGUGUCGAACUGUAUAACGGCGGAGCCGCAACCUUGGGACAGAGCGCAGAUAGCAAUCGUGAUAUUCUUUAGCGUGCUGCUAGUGAUUAUCUUCGGAUCUACAUGCGUGGACGAAUUAUUGAAGAACAAACCGAAGGACAAGAAGGAAAUGAGCAUCCUGCUGCAAUUCGUCACGGCUUUCUCCGUCACUUCGAACACGCGCCAAUUGCUCAAGGUGGCUGACAGGAUUCAUGACGAUGAUUACCACCUCCAGUUCUUGCACGGCAUGCGGUUCUUCUGCUGUAUCCACAUCGUAUUGGGACACUACUACAUAAAUCUGUCGGACACCUGGUCACGCGUGCUGAACUUAUUCAUCGCUUCUGACCAGUGGCCGCAACUCAUUGCAACGGCAAUCUUCAACAGCGUGGACACGUUCUUCUUUCUCAGCGGUUUCUUCCUCUGCUUCACCAUGAAUAAACAGAACAAAAAUGGGCUGCUUGUAUUCCUCACCAACGUUGUUAGGCGACUGAUCAGGUUUCUCUCUCCUCCGGUGUUCGUCGUUAUGUGCUUGUACCUGCUCCCCCACUUCGUUGAUGGUCCUGACGUCAACGCAUUCUUUUUAAAGUUAUACGACGACGUAGACAAGCACUGGUGGCAAUUUCUACUUCACAUAAAAAAUUUAUAUGGAACCGCUGCUGGGAAUGUACGUGGAACGGGACUCUCAGGUGGGGCACUUUCCGGCCUAGACAACCAAGUUAACCAUUCCCGCGGCUACAUUGCGACACCACCACCACCGCCCUCACCGCUGGUGCACAUGUGGUACCUAUCAGCCGAUUUCCAGCUCUUCCUGGUCUCUCUACUGGUGGUGUCAAUAUUUAAAAGUCGGAGGACACUGGCCAUAAGCACGUUUGUCCUGCUCGCUGGAAUUUGCUGCUCCUUUGGAACGUGGGUCGUGGCGAGCUCGCACGUGCUUCCGUUCCUCAUAUUUCCUGGUCCCCGUUUAAAUACAAUGACAAAUACGCUCGAGAAAUUCUAUCUGCACCCUUAUUAUCACGCUGUAUGCUACUUCAGUGGCUGCAUAGCAUUCUUUCUCGUGGAAGGUUUCCGGCAGCGUAAGAUUACCAAGAGUAUGCAGAUUGCGGGAUGGUGCCUGUCGGUCAGCUGUGGCCUGGCCUCCGUGUUCGCUAAGCUUCCCUGGUACCGGAGUGCAAACCCGACCACGCAAGAAGUAACCCUGAUUGUAUCAUUCUUUGACCGCAUCUUCUGGUCGGUCUUCCUGGUCUGGAUUACGCUGGCGUUUUCGUCCGGCAGAGGUGGCUGUUUGAGCAAGUUCCUGUCCUGGAAUGCCUUUGUGCCUCUGAGCAAGCUGUCGUUCUGCGUCUACCUCAUUCACUUCCCGUUUAUCCAACUCAUGCUGCACGCGUCGAGAGAACGCAUAUUCUGGUCUCAUUUCAAUGUGGUCACGCUGUGGUUCGCGACGCUGGUUUGGAGUUUCCUUCUCGCCUAUGUUGCAUACUUGGCAUGCGAAGCACCAUCAACGACGCUGUGUAGCCUCAUCUUCGGCAAACUUAUUGGGAGGCGAAGUGCGUCUAAGCGGUGGCAUCCAGAAGAACCCGCAGAGUGCGACGCUAAGCAACCGAAGACAAUGAAAGGCGCCGUUUCUUCUUGCUGCUAACCGUGCGAAGAGAACUUCAAAGACUGUUAUACGCAAGGUCACCGUUUCUGUGAAGCAGUGCAGUAAUGUUUUUAGAAGAGACAGAAGCUGGGUGUGUGAGAGUGCAGUGACGUAAAGAAAGAGCAUGAGAAUGUCUACGACACUCGGAGGUAUGUUCCAUAUUCAUUAGGAAAAACCCGCAUUGAUCCUCAGCGGCGAUUCAGUGCCUGCGACAUUGUGCGGCUGAACACAGUGCAUACGCGAAAUGUCCCAAGCAUUUUGGUUAAGACGACCCCUGGUGGUGACUAUUAGCGCUUAAAAAGAGGACCUUCGAAGCACAGGUGCACAGUACAAACGUUUGUAACCUAAGGGUGCAGUUCUGUCGCGUAGCUGAUUUCUUUAAAAAUAAAGAUGGAAACAUUUUUCCCACCUACGAAGAUUUCGUGGCAAGUAAUAAUGGCUACACGAUAACAAACGGCACGAAAGCUGCGCGAAAUAAACAUUCAUAGUUUA